AUGGGAAGCCGCAGAUUUGAGCUAACGAUCGUGGGGGCGGAGAGCCUCCCCGACAUUCGUCGCCUGGGGCGGAUGAAAGUGUUCGCGGUGGUGUCCGUGAACGGGUACACGGGCACGACCCACACGGACAGGGACGGGGAGACGAACCCCACGUGGGACUUCCCGUUCGUGUUCAACGUAAGCGAGGCGCAUCUGCAGCGGGGCCCAGAGGUGGACGCGGUGGUGGAUCUCUACUGCGAGACCACGCUGGGCGGGGACAAGAUCGUCGGUCGUGCGCUGAUACCGGUGAAGACGCUCUUCGACAGGGGGAUCAGGUCCGAGGGGAGCCUCGGCUUCCCUGUCGCGGGGACCGCUUCGGGGAGGCUGUAUAUCCGCUACUGCUUCGAGGAGAAAGAACCGCCGUCGCCGCCGAGGAGGAGGAGGAAUGAGGUGUGGGGGAAAAUAAGUACGAAGCGCUUCCACUCUGAAGAUUACGAUUUUUAUUAUUAG